UACGGACCGAUCAUGGGUGACUGGAGCUUUCUGGGUAAUAUUUUAGAGGAAGUCAACGAGCACUCUACGGUGAUCGGCCGGGUGUGGCUCACGGUGCUCUUCAUCUUCCGUAUCCUCAUCCUGGGCACAGCGGCAGAGUUUGUGUGGGGCGAUGAGCAGUCUGACUACGUCUGCAACACGCAGCAGCCUGGAUGUGAGAACGUGUGCUACGACGAGGCCUUCCCCAUCUCCCACAUCCGCCUGUGGGUGCUGCAGAUCAUCUUCGUGUCCACGCCGUCUCUGGUGUACGUGGGCCACGCCGUGCACCAUGUCCACAUGGAGGAGAAACGUAAAGAGCGCGAGGAGGCAGAACUUACCCGUCAACAGGAGCUGAGCGAGGAGCGUCUCCCUCUGGCACCUGACCAGGGAAGCGUCCGCACCACUAAGGAGACCAGCACGAAAGGAAGCAAGAAGUUCCGGCUGGAGGGAACCCUGCUGAGGACCUACAUCUGCCACAUCAUCUUCAAGACACUGUUCGAGGUGGGCUUUGUAGUGGGUCAAUACUUCCUAUACGGCUUCCGCAUCCUGCCGCUGUACAAAUGCAGCCGUUGGCCCUGCCCCAACACGGUGGACUGCUUUGUGUCUCGCCCCACAGAGAAGACUGUCUUCAUCAUCUUCAUGUUGGCUGUCGCCUGCGUCUCACUGUUCCUCAACUUUGUGGAGAUCAGCCACUUGGGCCUGAAGAAGAUUCGCUUUGUCUUUCGCAAGCCAGCCCCAGCUCCAGCCCCUUCCCAAGGUGAGGGAUCGGCCCCUCUGCCGCUACAAGCAAAGAGCCUGCCCUCCCUGGCUAUGCCGUCUCUGCAGAGAGCAAAAGGUUACAAGUUGCUGGAGGAGGAGAAAGCUCCCGUGACUCACCUCUACCCACUGGCCGAGGUUGGCAUGGAGGCCGGCAGAGGGGCUCCACCCUUCCAAGGGCUGGAGGAGAAGGCAGAGGAGGUGAUGCCAAUGGAGGACAUCUCUAAGGUGUACGACGAGACUCUGCCCUCCUAUGCCCAGACCACUGAGACGGCGGGGGUGACAUUACAUGAGGAGGAAGUCGAGGAGGUGCAGCCGCCAGAGGUGGAAGCGGAGAAGUUGGAGGAAGUUGUGGAUGAGGAUGUGCAGGUGGAGGAGGCAGUGAACGAGGAGGCGAUACCUCCAGCGGAGGCAGGGAUGGAGGCCGCGGAUACGAUAGAAGACACCAGACCGCUGAGCCGACUGAGCAAAGCCAGCAGCAGGGCCAGGUCAGACGAUCUCACCGUAUGA